CGCCGGCAGUCAGGCGCGGCCCCUUCGGCUCCGAGCUGACUCUGUGGUGGGCAGUGUCGUCUGGGCGGCGCUGCGGAGACCUCCACCCAGGACGGCUCCCCCUCCCCGGGCCACUCACCUCUUACCCGCGAGUCCUCUCGCCUCGUGGGCUUGUCGGAUCUGAUAUCCUGGGGUGAGGUGAGAGCAGGCCCGGGGAGGGAGGUUACCACCGAGGAGCCGCAGUCGCGGUCAAGAUGAUAGAGGUACUGACAACAACUGACUCUCAGAAACUGCUACACCAGCUGAAUGCCCUGUUGGAACAGGAGUCGAGAUGUCAGCCAAAGGUCUGCGGCUUGAGACUAAUCGAAUCUGCACACGAUAAUGGCCUCAGAAUGACUGCAAGGCUAAGGGACUUUGAAGUAAAAGAUCUUCUUAGUCUAACUCAGUUCUUUGGCUUCGACACGGAGACAUUUUCUCUAGCUGUGAAUUUACUGGACAGAUUCCUGUCCAAAAUGAAGGUACAGCCCAAACACCUUGGGUGUGUUGGGCUGAGCUGCUUCUAUCUGGCUGUAAAAUCAAUAGAAGAGGAAAGGAAUGUCCCAUUGGCAACUGACUUGAUCCGAAUAAGCCAGUAUAGGUUCACAGUUUCAGACUUGAUGAGAAUGGAAAAGAUUGUAUUGGAGAAGGUGUGUUGGAAAGUCAAAGCUACUACUGCCUUUCAAUUUCUGCAACUCUACUAUUCACUUAUUCAAGAGAACUUGCCAGUUGAAAGGAAGAAUAGCCUUAAUUUUGAAAGACUAGAAGCUCAGCUUAAGGCAUGCCACUGCAGGAUCAUAUUUUCUAAAGCAAAGCCUUCUGUGUUGGCAUUGUCUAUCAUUGCACUGGAGAUCCAAGCACAGAAGUGUGUAGAGUUAACAGAAGGAAUAGAAUGUCUUCAGACACAUUCCAAGAUAAGUGGCAGAGAUUUGACCUUCUGGCAAGAGCUUGUAUCCAAGUGUUUAACUGAAUAUUCAUCAAACAAGUGUUCCAAACCAAAUGUUCAAAAGUUGAAAUGGAUUGUUUCUGGACGUACAGCACGGCAAUUGAAACAUAGUUACUACAGAAUAACCCACCUUCCAACAAUUCCUGAAAUGGUCCCUUAAUUGGAUUGUUACAAUGACAAUACUCCUCUGAAGCCUUUCUCCACAAUCCUGAGCUAUGGAUUCCAUAAUGUUAUAAUGGAUUUAAGCUGUGAAGCCUCAAAACAUCACAACGAGAUUAGCAUUGAUGUUUUCAGAUUUGGGAAAACUACCUAAUUAACAUGUUGUAGUGGAAUUAUAAUUAAAUUUGAAUUCAUCUGUGAGGCAUAUAAAUCAAAGCUAAGAGUAUAAAUGUGAAAUGUUAAUAACAGGCCUGGGAAGGUUAACUGUGAAUCUUCAUUUCAAACAUUGAUCCAACUUUGUAGAUUGGGUCAGUAUAUUGUAUUUAGGUGGUAUUAAAAGUGGUAACCUAAUUAAAUUCUAAAUUAUGAGAUAUACGUCAAAACCAACAAUUCACAAAUGCACUUUUAAGGCAUAAUAAGGGUUACUGUUUUAGGCAGUGAAAAUGGUUUCUUGGUACCUGUAGUGCAAACAGAUAAUCCAGAGAUGUGGACUUUAUUGCUACUUGGAAAUCACAUUUAAAUUUGAGGGCAUUUUAUAAAAGCAAAACUACAGACCUAGUCAUUUUGGCAUAUUAGGUUAUCUUUAAUAUUUUUUCUAAAAAACAGGUAAUAUUUGUAUCCAUGACAAAACUUACACAAUAUCUACUGCCUCCGUCUAAUCCCAUCAAGAAAAACUGGUUUAAUUGUGUAAUUCAAAAUAAAUCAACUUCACUCCAAAAACUUGAUUUAACACUCCGUAAGCUUCUACUAAGGGCUGUUUUUAUAACAACUGCUAUUCCAGGGGGUACUGGUUGGCUCAUUCGGUUAAGCAUCCAACUUUGGCUUAGGUCAUGAUCUCACAGUUCAUGAGCCCUGCAUUGUGCCCUCUGCUGUCAGUGCAGAGCCUGCUUUGGGUCCUCUGUCCCCCUCUCUCUCUGCCCCUCCAAUGCUCGCACUCUCUCUCAAAAAUAAACAUUUAAAAAAAGAACUGCUGAUUUAGAAUUUUAAAAGGAAGAGAAUAUACUUUCACUAAUUGUCCCUCUUGUGCCUAAAGGAAGUCAUUAAAAAGGUAAGAGAUGUCUUCAUAAUUAUGAAGUUGCUAAGGUAGUAUUCAGGAUUUUCUAUUAAGUCUAUAAGGAGAUCUAUGGCAUUAAAAGUGUUGUAAACAGUUACGCAGUGCAGUGAGUAGUAGCCUGAGUCCAUCCAGAAUGGCUCUACCCAAAUUUGACAUGUUAUGGGUAAAUGUGCCUGGAAAAUAAACCAAAGAACCAUAAUAUAUCUUAUAGUUUUGUAAACUGUGUUUUGUGGAUAACCUCAGUUUUCCCAAAAGGCUCAUCAUUUCAAUAAUCUGACCUCAUCAGUGAUUAAUUCUGAGUUGGCAAAGGCAGCCUAACCAACUACCAUUAUGUUUUGGUACUAAGGGAUUUAUCUUUCAAUAAAGUUACUGACAUGCA